GAGCUCCCAGAGAGGCCACCUGGAGCGAGCAGUGCCGCAGUGCCCCAGCACGGAGCCAGGUGAGACCCUCUCUGGAGACCUCCCCACUGGCUGAAGAUGAGGCCACUCCUUCUCCUCUGUUUGGCCUUGCCUGGCCUCCUGUGUGCCCAGCAAGCCUGCUCCCAUGGGGCCUGCUAUCCACCUGUUGGGGACCUACUCAUUGGAAGGACCCAGUUUCUCCGAGCUUCAUCCACCUGUGGACUGACCAAGCCUGAAACCUACUGCACCCAAUAUGGCGAGUGGCAGAUGAAAUGCUGCAAGUGCGACUCCAGGCUGCCUCACAACUACAACGGCCACCGGGUGGAGAAUGUGGCUUCGUCCUCAGGCCCGGCGCGCUGGUGGCAGUCACAGAACGAUGUGAGCCCCGUCUCCCUGCAGCUGGACCUGGACAGCAGACUGCAGCUCCAGGACAUCAUGAUGGAUUUUAAGGGACCCAUGCCUGCGGGCCUGCUGAUCGAGCGCUCCUCUGACUUUGGCAAGACCUGGCAGGUGUACCAGUACCUGGCUACCGACUGCACCUCCGCUUUCCCCCGGGUCCGCCAGGGCCAGCCUCAGAGCUGGCAGGAUGUUCGGUGCCAGCCCCUGCCCCAGAGACCAAAUGGGCACCUAAAUGGGGGGAAGGUCCAUCUUAACCUGAUGGAUUUAGCGUCUGCGAUUCCAGCAACUCAAAGUCAAAAAAUCCAAGAGCUAGGGGACAUCACAAACUUGAGAAUCAACUUCACCCAGCUGGCCCCCGUCCCCCAGAGGGGCUACCACCCCCCCAGCGCCUACUUCGCAGUCUCCCAGCUGCGGCUGCACGGGAGCUGCUUCUGUCACGGCCAUGCUGACCGCUGCCUCCCCAGGCCUGGAGCCCCUGCUGGCCCUUCUACCACCGUGCAGGUCCACGACGUCUGCGUCUGCCAGCACAACACUGCCGGCCCCAACUGUGAGCGCUGCGCACCCUUCUACAACAACCGGCCGUGGAGACCCGCGGAUGGCCAGGACGCCCAUGUGUGCCAGCGGUGCGACUGCAACGGGCACUCAGAGACAUGUCACUUCGACCCAGCUGUGUUUGCCGCCAGCCAGGGCACACGGGGAGGUGUGUGUGACAAUUGUCGGGACCACACCGAGGGUCAGAACUGUGAGCGGUGCCAGCUGCACUAUUUCCGGAACCGACGUCCAGGCGCACCCAUCCAGGAGACCUGUAUCCCCUGCGAGUGUGACCCGGAUGGGGCUGUGCCAGGGGCCCCCUGUGACCCAGCCACAGGGCAGUGUGUGUGCAAAGAGCACGUGCAGGGAGAGCGCUGUGACCUGUGCAAGCCAGGUUUCACCGGACUCACCCACACCAACCCGCAGGGCUGCCACCGCUGUGACUGUAGCAUCCUGGGGUCCCGGCGGGACAUGCCAUGUGACGAGGAGAGUGGGCGCUGCCUGUGUCUGCCUAACGUGGUGGGCCCCAAGUGUGACCAGUGUGCUCCCAACCACUGGAAGCUGGCCAGCGGCCGGGGCUGCGAACCGUGUGCCUGUGACCUGCGCCAUGCGCUCAGCCUGCAGUGCAACCAGUUCACAGGGCAGUGCCCCUGCCGAGAAGGGUUCGACGGCCUGACGUGCAGCGCUGCAGCCAUUCGCCAGUGUCCGGACCGGACGCACGGAGACGCGGCCACGGGAUGCCGAGCCUGUGACUGUGACUUCCGGGGGACCGAGGGCCCAGGCUGUGACAAAGUCUCUGGCCGGUGCCUCUGCCGCCCUGGCUUGACUGGGCAGCGCUGUGACCAGUGCCAGCGAGGCUACUGCGACCGCCACCCGGUGUGUGUGGCCUGCCACCCUUGCUUCCACACCUACGACGCGGACCUCCAGGAGCAGGCCCUGCGCCUGGGCAGACUCCGCAACACCACCGCCAGCCUGGGGUCAAGGCCGGGCCUGGAGGACCAUGGCCUGGCCUCCCAGAUUCUGGACGCCAAGAGCAGGAUUGAACAGAUCCAAGGGAUUCUCGACAAGUCCUUGGUCUCACAGCAAGACGUGGCCCAGGUGGCCGACGGCAUCCUCUCCAUCAGGCAGACUCUGCAGGGCCUCCAGCUGGAUCUGCCCCUGGCGGAGGAGGUGCUGGCCCUGCCCGGAGACCUGGAGCGUCUAGACAGGAGCUUCCAGCACCUCCUCGUCCUGUAUCAGGGCAGGAGGGAGCAGUUUGAAAAGCUAAGCAGCGCGGAUCCUUCAGGAGCCUUCCGGAUGCUGACCGAAGCCUAUGAGCGCUCAGCCCAGGCCACUCAGCAGGUGUCUGACAGCACCCGCUUGUUGAGCCAACUCAGAGAGAACCGGAGAGAGGCCGAGGGGCUGGAGUGGCAGGCGGGGACUGGAGGGGGUGCCAGCAGCCCCCAGCUCGCGGCCCUGCGCCUUGAGAUGGCUGCCUUGCCUGACCUGACGCCCACCAUCAACAAGCUCUGUGGUGGCACCAGGCGGACGGCCUGCACCCCCGGAGCGUGCCCCGGCGAUCUGUGCCCCCGCGACAAUGGCACCACCUGUGGCUCUCACUGCAGAGGUGCCCUCCCCAAGGUGGGCGAGGCCUUGCGGACGGCUGGGCAGGUGGCUGAACAGCUGCGCAGCUUCAAUGCCCAGCUCCAGCAGACCAGGCAGAUGAUCAGGGCAGUGGAGGAAGCCACCUCGCAGGUGCAGUCAGAUGUGCAGCGCCUGGAGACCCAGGUGAGCACCAGCCGCUCCCAGAUGGAGGAAGACCUCAGACGUACCCGACUCCUGAUCCAGCAGGUCCGGGACUUCCUCGCAGACCCCGACACAGAUGCGGCCAGCAUCCAGGAGGUCAGCGAGGCCGUGCUGGGCCUGUGGCUGCCUACAGACUCAGCCACUGUGCUGCAGAAGAUGCGCGAGAUCCAGGCCAUCGCGGCCCGGCUCCCCAACGUGGACCUGGUGUUGUCCCAGACCAAGCAGGAUAUCGCACGGGCCCGCAGGCUCCAGGCUGAGGCGGAGCAGGCCAGGAGCCAAGCCCACGCCGUGGAGGGGCAGGUGGAGGACGUGGUUGGGCACCUGCGGCAGGGCAUGGCGGGGCUGCAGGAAGCACAGGUCACCAUGCAAGGCACCAGUCGCUCGCUCCGGCUCAUCCAGGAGAGGGUUGCCGAGGUUCGGCAGGUCUUGGGACCGGCAGAAAAGCUGGUGACGGGCAUGACGGGGCAGCUGGGUGACUUCCAGGCCCGGAUACAGGAGCUCCGGCGGCAGGCCCGGCAGCAGCGGGCUCAGGCAGCACGGGCCCAGAAGCUUGCGGAGGGCACCAGCCAGCAGGCGCUGAGUGCCCAAGAGGGGUUCGAGAGAGUCAGGCAGAAAUACGCUGAGUUGAAGGACCGGCUGGGCCAGGCUUCCUUGCUGGGCGAGCAGGGCAACCGGAUCCUGAGCAUCAAGACAGAGGCAGAGGAGCUGUUUGGGGAGACCAUGGAGAUGAUGGACAAGAUGCGAGACAUGGAGUCGGAGCUGCUGCAGGGAAGCCAGGCCAUCCUGCUGCGCUCUGCGGACCUGACCGGGCUGGAGAAGCGCGUGGAGCAGAUCCGUGACCACAUCAACGAGCGCGUGCUCUACUACGCCACCUGCAAGUGAUGCCCAGGGCUCCUGGGGAGCGGAUCGGGCUGGAAUGCUGUCUGGCUCCCGGAGAGUCAUGCAGCCCGGAGCAGAGCCCCGACCACCCCUGGCGUGCAGCUGUUGGGUGACCGUAGGCUGCAGCCGAGCCCCAGCUGGUGGGACACCUGCCUUUGAGGGACAGGGGCAGCAGAAGUGGGCUUGCCACUGUGACCGGGAGCUCACAGGUCCAGGGGGCUGGGCGGGGCAGUAUCUCUACCCUUUGUCCUCUGAUGUGGCCGAAUGCUGGACCAACACAAAAACAUAACAAAAAAUCAUGUGCAAGUGAAAAGCCCAAUAAAAAUCUCUGGACAGG